AUGCCUUUUGAACCGUUCAAGCGCGACCGCGACGGAGCGAAGGCGUUCUUGGAACGAAUGAGGAAUGGGGUCUCCAACAAUGAGAUUCUGGCCGAACUCCUAGACAAGGAGAGCAACAUAUUCACAGACCAUGUCUAUGAGUUACCCAAAGCUCAGAUGACCAAAGCCCGCCUUCCUGAUGUUGCAAAAUACAAACUGCAACUCCAUGCAUCCUUCAACAAGCCCGACCCAAACGCCGACUAUUCAGAGCAUUCCAGUGUCUAUCUUGUUGGACGACCGAACAGAUGGGCACGUCGCUUAAGCCGGACUCCAAAACCUUGUCAUUGGUCUAUCUACAGCGAGGGUCAUUUCUACCAUCUCAAAUUGGAAGACGGGGCUCAGGGAUCGUCGAUAGUACUUCGAGACGAACCCCAGAGAGAGUGGAAAGCUCUCGGUGGUCCUUUUAUUGCGUACCACAUCGGCGUCACAGACUACUAUCCCGAAGAACUCUCUUUGCUUGCAAAGUGGGUGUUCACACAGAUGAAUCACGAUACCCUCUCUACGGCAGCUUAUGAGCAGUUUGUCUUGGGGCUAGCGAUUCGUAUUCUGCGUGGUCCCAGCAACACCACUGCCUUCAUCGGUAAUUUCUGGCAAAUUAUGGAGCAUGACAUUGGAUGCCGACGGCAAGCUCUAGCUCCUAAUGGCUUCCUCACUGGGGUACAGCUUGCGGGUCCUGAAGAAGAUAUCAGCACUUGGCUCAAGAGAUGGUACCUGAUCUAUCGGAUUGAGACUGACGCACGAGGACUUGAUCUCUGCUGGAGAAAAGGGACAAAAGGACAAAUCAGCUGGAAGGCCCACGAGUUCCAUCCCUUCAUUAGACCUUUGGCUGUAGGGCCACCCGCUAUUGCGAACGUUCUGGCGAAGGUGGGACAGCGCAUUCCGCUACUGUCAAAGGCUGUCCCCCAGAAACAUCGCAAGAAAAUGCCUAUGAUGGCAGUCUACCGUCGGAAAAAAGGGGCACCGCUUCCCAGGGAUCUUAUGCUCGAGCAUUACUAUGCAUCAUUGUUCUCAAUCCAUAUCCGCCCCGGAUGUAAUAUGUCAGAAAAAGAUUUCUGGUUCCAGGUGAACAACUAUCUCAAUUCUGGGUGUGUCGAGCUCGUCACAUUCAACCGGGGAUUUAGCUACAAAUUUAUCUUCGGACCAGAGCUUGUCGGCUCGGUACGAUUCGUGCGCUAUAGAGAAAGUCCUGCCGAAGAGGUGCUGCACUCGAGUAGUAGCACGAUCGUCGAAAAAGAGUAUCACGAGUCGGAAUCGACUAUCGAUGCUGAACAAUCCACUAGAGAGUGCAUUUAUCCACCCGAUACAUUGGCUACUAAUUUCUUUGAGCACAAGGGAGUUCCGUGCCAGGUUUUGAUAGACGUGGCAGAGACUUUCAAAUCUCCUGUUGAAAUUUGA